CCUCCACGCGCACAGACGUACAAGUGGUUCGAGAUCGUGACGCCGCUGACCGAGGAAGAGGAAUUAUCGCUGGGGAUGGAGUUAUUGCGCUUUUUGGACUAAUUUUACCCGCGCCCGACCGCACCGACUCUACGGGGAAGUAUGCAAACGCGCGCCCGUCAUUUUGGAAGCGUAACUCGGUCAGGUUUGGAUUGCUCUUCCUGUUAAAACGCAACUCUUCCUAAAGUUUUGGCUGAGAUAAAUCCCGGUUUAUUCUUCUGAACUUUUUCACGAUGAAGACUUUGGCGCAGAGACGGUGCAGCGUUUUGGAAUAAUCGAGUUGGGAUUUUUAUUUUGAUUUUUUUUACGCAAACGUCCGCGCAAAAUGUGGAGCGUAGCGGUCAUUUCUGAGAGUCCAUCGUAAAACAACACAGGUCGGCUGGACUGAAUGCUCCUUUCCUGCCAUUCUUCUCGGCUUGUCCGCGCUUCCUGCUUGUGAUGGCCACUGCACUUAACGGCUAAAAAUACACGUACGAACCGAACGGACUGCGAGGGAUAGUUUACGCGCGGUGCAAUCGUUCCAAAAGCACGAUUUAUUUCGAAGUCCGUACGUGCAGCGCGCAGCAGGUGGAAUUUGGGAUGGGGGUGAAGAUGCGUUAUGCAAUGUGAGCUGAUUUGGAGACUCCCAGAAAGAAAAUUUGAGAAAUGUUUGUCGCUAAAGAGUCGUGUUUGGAAUUUUUAGAGAUUUCGAGAAGAAUUAUAAAGUGUUAAUCGAAGCUUUUUUUUUUUUUUUUUUGGGAAUGAAUGAAAAACUCUUUUGAUUCCGCAGAAGACAUCUCGGUUGGUUCGGCUCCUGCAGAUCUGUCCCUGAUGAACCAACCAGACAGACAGGAAAGGGAGAGUGGCGCAAUAAAGUACGCCUCUGUACUUUAUUUUGAAACCGUCGGGGAGGUCAUCCAAUCCAAACAUCCGGUUCCAUGGAGCCCCUGAAGAACAUAUUCAGCCGCGGCCCGCUGUCCAACUGGAAGAACUUGGAGCAGUCGGCGAAAGGCAACUUCACCAACCCAGUGUGGACCGCCCUGUUCGACUACGAAGCGUCCUGCAAGGAUGAGCUCACCCUGCGGAAAGGCGACCUCGUGGAAGUCCUGUCCUUGGAUUCCGAGAUUUCGGGCGACGAAGGUUGGUGGGCCGGGAAGGUCAACAACAAGGUGGGGAUCUUUCCUUCCAACUACGGGUCCUUCAAGCCCAGCGGAUACGGCAAGCUUCCCGGGAGAGCUGUGGUCGGCGAACUCGGGCCCGGAGAGUUCGAACCGCUCGUGGUGGAUUUUCGAGAGUUAAGUCUGGAGGAAGUUAUCGGAGUAGGAGGGUUCGGGAAGGUCUACCGAGGUACAUGGCGAGGCGAGCUGGUGGCGGUGAAAGCUGCCAGGCAGGAUCCCGACGAGGAUAUAAGCGUGACCGCGCAAAACGUCCGGCAGGAGGCCAGGUUGUUCGCGAUGCUGACGCACCCCAACAUCAUCGCGCUGAAGGGGGUGUGCCUGCAGGAGCCCAACCUGUGCCUGGUGAUGGAGUACGCCUCAGGGGGGGCGCUGAGCCGGGCGCUGGCGGGGAGAAGGAUACCCCCCCACGUCCUGGUCAACUGGGCGGUGCAGAUCGCCCGAGGGAUGCUCUACCUCCACAGCGAGGCCAUCGUGCCCGUCAUCCACCGAGAUCUCAAGUCCAACAACAUCCUGCUCGCUCAGCCCAUCGAGAACGAAUGUAUGGAGGGUCUGACACUGAAAAUCACCGACUUCGGCCUCGCCCGCGAAUGGCACAAAACCACCAAGAUGAGCACAGCCGGGACCUACGCCUGGAUGGCCCCCGAGGUCAUCAAGGCCUCCACCUUCUCCAAGGGCAGCGACGUCUGGAGUUACGGUGUUCUGCUUUGGGAGCUGUUGACCGGAGAGGCGCCGUACAGAGGCAUCGACGGUCUGGCUGUGGCCUACGGAGUCGCCGUCAACAAACUCACUCUCCCCAUCCCCUCCACCUGCCCGGAACCCUUCGCCCAGCUCAUGUCAGAGUGCUGGGACCAGGACCCUCACCGCCGGCCCACCUUCAGCUCCAUCCUGUCGCAGCUGCUGGCCCUGGAGCAGCAGGUGAAGGAGGAGAUGCCCCCCGAGUCCUUCCACUCUCUGCAGGACGACUGGAAACUCGAGAUCCAGGACAUGUUCGACCAGCUCCGCGCCAAGGAGAAGGAGCUGCGUUGCCGCGAGGAGGAGCUGAAGCGGGCGGCGCUGGAGCAGAAGUCGCACGAGGAGUUCCUGCGGCAGCGCGAGCAGCAGCUGGCCCAGUGGGAGCAGGACGUGUUCGAACGCGAGCUCAGCCUCCUCAUCCUCCACCUCAACCACAACCAGGAGAAGCCCAACGUCAAGAAGAGGAAAGGCACCUUCAAGAAGCACAAGCUCAAGGCCAAGAACGGAGAGAAGAUCAGCAUGCCCCAAGAUUUCAUCCAUAAGAUCACGGUGCAGGCGUCUCCGGGUCUGGAGAAGAGAAGAAACUCCCCCGACCUGGGCUCCGGGUCGUCUCCCUCCUUUGGACCCAGGUUACGGGCCAUUCAGCUGUCUCCGAGCGACCACAGCAUGGGCGGCUUCAUGAGUCCCGUCUUGUCCCUGGAGACGCCGUCGCUCAAACAGGCCAACGGAGAGCUGAGGCUGGGGCCCCACUGGAGGCCCCAGAGCCCCAAGAGCCCCAAGAGCCCCAAGGUCCUGCGCCUCAGUCCGCAGGAGAGCAGUUUGUCGAUGCGGGCCAAGCUGCUGGAGUCCGACAGCAACGAGAACCGGGAGUCCAAGGACGAUUUCGAGACGUACCGACCCCAGACGCCCACGCCUCCGCCCGCCCAGAACGGCUCUUCGUCCAAAGACAGCCUGCGCCUGCCUCUACCUCAGGGCGACUCGAGCAGCGACGGCGGGGGGUCCUCACCCGCUGGCUCCCCGCACCCAGAGAGGAGCUUCCUGGGCGGGUUUCUCAAGAGCACCCAUCAGGCGCUGGUGGGCGGCGGCUCCCUGUUGGCCUCCGUGGCUCUGGGUCGCGCUCUGGACAUGCCCCCUCCCGUGCCCCCCCGCAGCAACCCCCCUCCCUCGGAGCGCACCCCCUCCGAGCCGGACAUCACGCUCCCGAGACCCCCCGCCCCCGCCGCCCUCGCCGUCGCCGCCGACCCUCCCGUAGUGGACGACCUGAUAACCUUCUCCACGUCGGAACCGCUCCCCAAGCCGCUCCUGGACCUCGCGCUGCAGCGGCAAGAACUGAAGCCCCUCCCGCUGCUGCUGACCCCGCCCCCUCCCAACCCGAGGGAGAGGAGCGGGCACCGGACGCCGCAGACCCCGCACAGCCCCAAGGCGCCGCGGACCCCCCAGCAGCAGCAGGACGUUUGGGUGAGCUCGGUCGGCUCGGGGGAGUGGACUCACAGCGUCCAGGCGGCCAACGGGGAGCAGGGCUGUGAGGCCUGGGAGCCGCCCACCGAGACCCACAGGAGGAGGAACAGUCAGGGUCUGCACGCCUCGCAGCUCGUUUUGGACCUGCCGCUGUGCCAGGACACCCAGGACCAGGACGACAAGCCCCUCCCCCCUUACGCCCUGCACCCCCACCCCGGCCUGUGGAGCCCCAAGACCCGCCGCCUCGAGGUGUCCGUCAUCCCCCGGCCCCGCCCCUCCCCCGUCCGCCACCGCAUCGACCCCUGGAGCUUCAUCUCGGCCGGCGGCGGCGGAGGAGGAACCGCCAACGCCAACGCCGCGCCCGCCCGCACCCCCCCCACCCGGGACCCCCACUUCGGAUACCAACCCUCCCCCACCAACCCCUUCACCAGCUGCGACCCGUUCCCCUCCCCGGACUGCGACCCGUUCUCGCUCAAGGCGGACCCGGCCGGCGGCCGCGAGUCCUCGGCGUUCGACCCGUUCUGCGCGCCCUUCCCGACGUCGCGCUCGGCCCCGUGCUCGGCGAACGGGUCCCCCACCCUGCCCACGUUCCGGAUCGCGCCGCUGAACCCCGCCGACUCCCCGCUCAUAGACUUGGGGUGGGCGGCGAGGGGCGGCGAGGGAGCCAAAGAGAGAGCCCUGCCGCGGAAAACGCUCGGGCUGAAGCCGUUCAAAUCGCCGACGCAGCUACGGGACGACCGCUUCUAGACGAGAGGAAAAAAAAAAACAAAAAAACGGACGGUCGGCGCGAAUCAGUCCACGAGAGUUUGGGACAGAUAAAUUAUUCCAAGUGUAUCAGAGAAGCAGACGUUAAAAUAAAACAAGUUUGUUCUUUUAGAGCUUUGUACCUUCGGGAAACUGGGUAUUUUGAAGAACUUUUAUGAAAAAAAACGAAAAGAUAUCGGUGAGAUUAUACGUUCAUUCCAAGUCGAUUCACUUCGUAUUCCAUGUCACUUUUCUCAAAUCACAAAUAAAUGUCUUUUUUUUCAAACAUUUUCACGCUGUAAAAAAAAAUAAUUUGGUGUGUGUAAUUGAACAGUGUUGAACUUUUAAUUGAAAAGUAUAAUUUUUCGAGCACUGAGCGUCUUAAAUUGGUUUUCUCGAAGCGUAAAGGUAAAGUUGAAGAUAAUUUGUUUAAUCAGAUGUAGAAUUUUAAAUGCCGUUGAAUUUUUUCUUACUUUCACUUUCACAUGAUUGAAUUAUGUUUAGUUACUGAAAUUUUAAGUGUACCUAUUAAAAUAUUCCUCCCAAAUUCCAAA